GCUAACCAAAGUUUUGCAACCCAUGCACGGUUAUGGUACCUCGUAGAUGCAAGAGACCAGGUCUGUGGCCGCCUAGCUUGUUUCAUAGGGCAGAUUCUGCAAGGAAAAACGAAGCCUAUUUACCACCAUUCUUUGGAUGUGGGAGACUUUGUGGUUGUAACCAACACUAAACAUAUUGCUCUAACGGGCAACAAAUGGAACAAGAAGAUUUAUCGCCAUCACACAGGUUAUCCUGGCGGACUUAAAGAAGUUGUUGCCAGGAAUCUCCAUAGAACAGACGCGACUAGAAUCUUAUGGCGAGCGGUUAAUGGCAUGCUCCCGAAAAACAAUCUCAGGCCUAUUUGGAUGAAGAGGUUAUACUUGUUUGAAGACGAUGAACAUCCUUACGCGGAGAAUAUUUUUACCAAGCUGGAAGCUCCUGCUCCUCUUCCAAGGAGACUGAUUGAGUAUACUCCAGAGGAAAUUGAAAACUAUCCAAAGGUUUACUGA